GUUGAAUGAUUCUCUUACAUUGCCGUAACCACGUGUGAACUAGUGAACACGCAAUGAUAGUGCUCUAAAUUUGGGCGUUAAAUCCCUUCGAUUCUUUUGGUUUGUGUUAACGUUUUUGAAGUUUGUUUUGGUUGCUGUGUGAGAUCCGAGAAGUGGUACUUAACUGUAUUUCGUAUUCAGCAUCGUUGUCAUCAUGUUUUGGGGACUUCAUAUUGAUCCAGGAAAGCGAUACACGCAAAGAGUGGUUAGGACCUUCCAUGUUUCCAUGGCAUGUUUGGAAAAAACGAGUGACGGCAAUGAAACGGUUUCUUUGAUGCUCGUGUAUGACGGGCAGGAAUUUGUUUUAUGCAAUCUCCAUGGGGAAAAAGUAAAGCAGUGCAAGUUAAAUCUUGUGUUCAAUUUUGGAGAAAAAGUAACGUUUUAUUCAAUUGGUGAGAGGAGAAUUCAUCUUACAGGGUUUUUUGUAAAGGAGGAGGAAGAUGAGGAUGAGGAUGAUGAUGAAGAUAUAGAUUACAACACUGCAGAGAUAGAAGAAGCAGAGGAAGAAGAGGAAGAGGAAAAAGAGGAAGAAGAGGAAGAGGAAAAAGAGGAAGAAGAGGAAGAGGAAAAAGAGGAAGAAGAGGAACAGGAACAGGAAGAGGAAGAGGAUUGUGAUGAUCAUGAUGAGGAAAACAGUAUUGAUAAUAUUUCUUCUGAAAAUAUAAAAGAAGAUGAGGAUACUGAUCAAGAGACUGACAAUGAGGAUGGAGGAGAUGGUAAUAAAGAGUUGGAAGAAGUCAAUUUCAAUAGGUUUCAUCGGGAAAAAACUCCUUAUUCGAAGAAAAGAGGACUCUCAGAAAGUUCUAAUAAAAAUCUUAAACAACAAAAUCUUGGAAAGAGAAAUAAGAAGAAACAGGCAUGUGAAACCCCUGAAACUCCAUCUUCUGUGCCUCAAGUGUCACCUCAUUCUGGAAAUACAGAGAAGGAUCUGCAUAGAGCAGUUGUUUCCCACAGUGCAAAUAUUGGCAAAGGUCCUGUGAAAAAAGCAAAUGAAGAGUCAACUGGCUCUGGAAAGCGAAAGAAGGGUCUGACUGUCCACUGACGAAGCAAAGAAAAGCAAAAUAAUUAGCAAACGAUUUCCCCAUUUCAAAUUUCUUAACUAUUUAUAAACAGUAUUAUUACCUGAAUGUAUAAUUUUAUUGCCAUAGUUACACCAAGAAACAGUAAAUUUUGUUGAAUGAUUAAGGAAGUUGUUCUUGUUGUUGAAUGAUUAAGGAAGUUGUUGUUGUUGUAUGAUUAAGGAAGUUAAAAUCUUUCUAUUGGAAUUGUGGGAGUAUAUGAAUGUUUAUUAAAUAAGAUUGUAAUAGUUGAAGUGUGUGAAUUUCAAUUGUGUAAAACUCUGCUAAAAAUUUUACAGCUUUUAAGAAUGCAUGGGUAUUACCCACUAUUACUUAUAUCAGCUGAUGAAACAUAAUUACAGAGUAAAAAUAUUUUAUGAAUUAAGGUGUAAUGUGGAAUCUCGUUAACUUGAUAUUCAAGGGAUAGAAAAGUUUAAAUGGCAUAACAAAGUAAUUGAAAAAUGGUCC